CAAUUCAGAGACGCUGGACUAGAUAGGAAGUAGACUUAGAACUGAGCGCAAGAGCUGCGACUUGUUCACUGAGCGCCGGAGUAUUCGGUGAACGUUAGUGAGAAGGGAAAAAUAAGUAGAGUGUCAGUCUGUAUCCUUUUGACAGCUUUUACAUAACGUGAGAAAACCAGCCUGGGUCGUGGGGGGCCACGCUCUGGCAGUUCUGGACCCUCGUUGAAGGAUGCUGAGCAAGGGUCUUAAAAAGUUCAAGGACAGGAUAUUUAGCGCUUCGCGGAAAGAAGGAAGCCUCUCCGGAACAGACUACAGCGAGGGGCCAGAGAGCCCUGGCAACGUGGGUGCCAACUCGCCCCGCAAAUUCAGCUCGAUAAAGAGCAAGAACAGCAGCUAUGGCGAGCGGGGUGCUCCAGAGCUCGUUGCGACCAGCAGCAUGCGCAGCAACGCGUCCGCGGCGCACUCCACUAUCACGCUCAAAGAAGCGCCCAUGCUGACCGACCAUGCGUCCCCAGGCAACGGCGGAACCGUGCUGCCGCCUGUACAGAUUGGAAGUAGCAACAACAGCUUCUCGUCCAAAGCUCAGCCCCCACCUCUGGCAAACAUGUUCAGCCCUUCAUCGGGCCGUCGCAAGUCGACGCCCGCCGCGCUUGAUAUGGUACUGCGCACAGCCGAGGGCAAGGCGGCGGUGGAGCAGCUGCUGCAGCCCGGGCAAAACAAACUGGUAUUCGGCAACUACUUCGCCGGGACGAGCGCGGCUGCUCGGGACCAAGCCGCAGCGGUCGCGGCAGCAGAGAAGGCGCAGCGCGCCAAGGCCACCGCAGGGCCAGCAGGGGCCGCGCAGGCGCCGGGGCUGGUGCCACGGCCCCCUCCAGGACUGCCGCCCACCAUGCCGCCGCCGCCGCAUAAAAUGAGCAGCCUGUCUCAGGUGCACCUGAACGAUUCCAUGGCCACCGUGCCUGAGGACGUGGCGAUGGAGGACGCGGUGCACACGCACGCCACGCCCAGCAACUCCAAGAAGCAUGCGGCGGACGGCAGCAGCGUGCAGGGCUACCCGCCGGCGUCACCAUCGGGUGGCACGCCAAAAAUGCAUCAUUUCCAGCCGCCGCCACUGCAGCUACAGCAGCACCUUCAGCAGCAGGCGGCCGGGCCCUCCGCUAUGCCGCAGUCACCCCGUACGCACACGCCACACGCACCCCCACAGCAGCAGCAGCAGCAGCAGCAGGCCUACCCGCAGCAGCACGCGCCGCAGACGCUGGCGCAGGCGACGCAGGCGGUUGCGAACCUGCCGCCACCGCCGGCCAUGCCGCCGCUGCCACACCUGCAGCAGCAGCAGCAGCAGCUGCCGCCGCCCCAGCCGCUGCAGCAGCAACUUCCGCCGCCGCAGGCGCAGCAGCUGCAGCAGCCACAACAGCCGCAGCAGCAGGCGCAGCCUGUGGCCUCGCCGGCGCGGUCGCCGCAGGCGCAGCAGGCGCCGGCGGAGGAGGCAUCCGGUUCCCAGCGGCCCGCCAGCAAACUGGUUUCUCUGUCGCCGCAGCUGCCGGCGGCCAUGCAGCGCAAGUACUGGACGCUGUCGGAUUACAAUAUCAUCCGAAAGAUGUACACGGGCUAUGCGUCCACGGUGUACCAGGCGAUGUGCAAGAAGUCGUUGGAGAUGGUGGCGCUCAAAGUGUACCAUAUGCAGAACCUGUGCGAGCUCAACCACUACCAGGUGUUCCGCGAGAUCCGCGUGCACAGCAGCCUGCAGCACCAGAACAUCAUCCACCUCAUCGCGGCGUUCCAGGAGGGCACGGACGUGGUGCUGGUGCAGGAGUACGCGGAGGGCGGCGACCUGUACCGCCUGCUGCACAAGAACGGCGGCCGCCUCAGCGAGCGCCAGGCGGUGGAGAUGGUGCUGCACCCCUUCCUGCUAGCGCUGCACUACCUGCACACGCGCGGUAUCAUGCACAGAGACAUCAAGCCGGAGAACGUGCUAUUCACGGAGCACCGGGUGCUGAAGCUGGCGGACUUUGGACUGGCCAUCGACCUGACGGAGGAGCGCGCCGUGACGCGCGCGGGCACGCUGGACUACAUGGCGCCCGAGGUGCUGCGCUGCCCGCCCAAGAACCUGCCCCAGGAGAACAAGAACAACCCGUACCUGCACUACAACAACUCGGUGGACGCCUGGGCGGUGGGCGUGUUUGCGUACGAGCUCGUGGUGGGCUUCCCGCCCUUUGCGGGCGAGACGCAGCUGGACAGCGUGGACCGCAUCAUGCACUCGGUGCCGGAGUUCCCCGCCAAGAUCAGCGAGUUCGCCAAGGACUUCAUCUGCCAAUGCCUGCGCAAGCACCCGGGCGACCGGCCCACGGUCAUGGAGCUGCUGCACCACCCCUGGGUGCGCACCUUCCAGCGCCGCACCUCCAUGCGCAUCACCGCCAUGCCGCGCCGCCGCAGCAGCCUCGUGUACAACCCCGGCUCGCUGGCGCACGCGCCCGGCGCCGCACACGAGGCGUACACGCCGCCGCAGGAGGCGGCGGAGGAGGGCACCGAUGUUGCCGUACCCAUGGAGACGGACGUGGGCGACGUCAGUGAGAUGACGCCCGAUGAGAUCGAGCACAUGAUCACCAAGCUGCAGGUGGCGAAGGCGCAGGCCAUCGCGAAGAGCGAGUCCCACCGCUCUCCGGGCCAGGAGGUGCUCAUGCAGCAGGUGCAUCCGCUGCGCAUCUGAGCGGAGGUGAGGAGCGACUGCGGCGCAAGCGACUGCGGCGCAAGCAGCAGAAGCGAGGCGGGCAGCGGUGGCAAGGAUGGCGGGUGGGGGGGGCGGGGACUGCCGGGUGGAGUAAGGGCUUCAUGAGGGACUGCAUGCAGGGCACGGGACUGGACGUGCGGAAGGUCUGGCGGCGGGUGGGGCAUGGACUGGUGAGGGUGAGACUGCGUGGGAGCUCUUGUGUGCGGAAGGCGCGACAGCGUGCGACGAUGCUGACACUGUGCAGUUUGUUAACGGCGUGCGCGAAACUAGCGCCUGUUUACUUUCGUGUGGGAACACAACUACAAACGUGAGGCGUAUGCGGCUUGGCAUGUUGAGGGUGGUGGCCGUAGAGGUGUGAGGAGGGCGGUCGAAGGAUCGAAGUGCUGCGCAUGUCCCACACUACUUGACGAUUGGCAGCCGGAAGCGCGCGUGUUCGAACGAGGUGAGGAGGCGGAGGGCAGAUUGUCACGGCAGGCAGCGACUGGCAUUGAUAGCCGGCUCAAGUCGUGUGGGCUGAGAUUGUGAGGGUCCUAGACGGGCGCGCUACGGCAUUGCAGGAGGCGACAGCUCACAGCACUGCUGAAACGGGUAGCGUCGUACACAUGGGUCUGCGUCGCCGGCUCGGUCGGGUUCGUGCGUAUCAGUGCGAUUGCAGUGUCGCCACCUUAGCUUGUCCACAUCGAGGCGUGCGUAAUGUGUGUCUUUCUGUGCUUUUCUGCUUGUGUAGCGCGUGUGGCUGGGCCUUCCUGGCUUGACCAUGGAGGUGGGUCCUGUGUGUGGCGGCCAGUACCUCCGAUGCGGACGGUUGAGCCAUAUGCGGUUUCCCAUGGCACAAGGCGGUGGAAUGCGGGCGGUGGGGGAGUUUCCUGGGCGGCGCAUAUGACGGGCGGACGCGGAGAUUUCGCAGGUCGGCUGCGAAAGGAGCAGACUGAGUGACUGACACAACAACUUUGAUGACAUUUCUGGAUAUAUCGUGCCUAGGAAUUGCUUUGUACAGGCGUGUGCGUUCUUCAUUUCGAAGGGAGGACUUGGGUGAGACAUGGCAUGGUUGUACCCUGUCUACUGUGACAGUUAGACCCGCCUGCACCCCUGUGUUUUCGCACACCGCGAGGUUAGGGUGGGCGUUUAUACUUCCCGUACUUUGCACUGUAGCAGUUGGAGGCAGACGUGCUCAAUCUGCGCUUUUAUGCAUUCAUGCGCACGCCUGGCUGGCGUCGCGUUGGUCCCAUAGCCCGCCGCAACAAGCAUUGUCACCUUGGGCACGUACGAUAGUCUGGUUGGAGGUUCCUCCUCGAAAUGUGCACUGUAACAGAUGGGGUUA